GGAGCGGAUUUGGAAAACCUGUUGGAAUUGGCCAAGCAAAACGCUCAACUGGAUCAGAAAGAUUUUCUAACUCGGAAACAUUUGUUUGAUGCUUUGGACGAAUUACGACCUGCUUUGAUGCAAUGA